ACUCGUCCCGUCGGCACACGAGCACACGCGGGGGAAGCAGGCAGGCGGCAUAUCCGAGAGGGGCUGCAACCUCCUGGAAGAAGAGGAUGAGGAGGAUAGUAUGAGGAACAUGGUGGAGCAUCUCGGAGCGUUUUAGGCAGGAGGGAGCAUGGCGAGGGAAUCCACAAUGGCGUCCAGGAUUAACCUCCGCUCCGACUAGAAGCGCCCACGUUCACCUCCGUCGCUCAGUUGGGAAAUUCCAUAAUGUAAAUAUAUUGUAGUUUCUGGGCCAUGACCUCUCCUGGAUUUACUCGGACCACUCUUCUCCCCGUAGUUUGGAUUUAAAGUUUUGUUUGGAGCGGCCGGCAGCGGUGGCGGCGGCUGCUGCGGCCACGGCGGCAGGAGUUUACCGCCUGGGAGCGUUGGGAUAACCUUACAAGACGCCGCCAUGAGGAUUCCCGCCACCUCCUGUCUCUGCCCCUUUCUGGUGUGCCUUUGCUUCAUCCAGAGGGCCUACGGGGCGGGCCACCACGUUCCCGCCAAGGUGCUCGCCAAGGGCCAGACUAAGAACCAGACCGGGGAGACGGAGGUGCACCACAGGCCCAAACGGGGCUGGAUCUGGAACCAAUUCUUUGUUUUAGAAGAACACAUGGGGACAGAGGAGCAGUACGUGGGAAAGCUUCACUCCAACUCGGAUAAAGGCGACGGAUCCGUCCGCUACAUCCUAAGCGGCGAAGGCGCGGGGACGAUAUUCCUGAUCAAUGAGGUGACGGGGGACAUCCACGCCACCAGGAGCUUGGACCGGGAGAAGAAAUCGCAUUAUGUCCUGCACGCCCAAGCUUUGGACCGCAACACUGAGGAGGCGCUGGAACCCAAGUCGGAAUUCAUCAUCAAAGUCCAAGACAUCAACGACAACGCGCCACAGUUUCCAGAUGGACCCUUUGUAGCCACGGUGCCCGAAAUGUCUGAAGUGGGGACGUCUGUGCUGCAAGUCACCGCCACCGACGCAGACGACCCCACCUAUGGAAACAGCGCCAGGAUCGUCUACAGCAUCCUACAAGGACAGCCAUAUUUCUCCGUGGACCCCAAAACAGGGAUCAUCAGGACUGCCUUAGCCAACAUGGAUCGGGAAGCCAGAGAACACUACACUGUAGUCAUCCAGGCCAAAGACAUGGCAGGCCAAGUCGGCGGCCUCUCCGGAUCCACCACCAUCAACGUCACACUGACCGACGUGAACGACAACCCGCCAAAGUUCCCACAAAAAAAUUAUCAGCAGUAUGUCCCCGAAUCGGCUCAAGUCGGGAAGCCGGUGGGGAAGAUCAAAGCCAACGACGACGACCUCGGCGCCAACGCGGACAUCAAGUACAGCAUCAUCAACUCGGAGGGCGCCAACAUGUUCUCCAUUGCUACUGACAGGGACACAAAAGACGGAAUCAUCACGCUGAAAAAGCCCCUCAACUACGAGCGAAAGAAGACAUACACGCUGCACAUUGAGGGAACCAACACCCACGUGGACCCCCGUUAUUCCUACUUGGGCUCCUUCAAAGACACUACCACUCUCAAGAUCACAGUAGGCGACGUGGACGAAGCGCCGGUCUUCUCAUUGGAUUAUUACAUCAUGGACGUGUACGAGAACUCGCCGGGAGGCACGGAGGUGGGCGCCGUCACGGCUCGGGACCCCGACAGCAGGAACAGCCCCGUCAGGUACUUCAUCGAAAAAAAAGAAGUGGGUCCGAACUAUUUCCGAAUCGACGAGAUCAGCGGCGUCAUCAGGACCACGCAGCCUCUGGACCGGGAGGACACGGCUUGGCACAAUAUCACUGUGAUGGCCUCGGAGGUUGACAACCCUGGCCUCUUCAGUCACAUCCUGGUCACCGUGCAGGUCCUGGAUGUCAACGACAAUGCGCCACAAGUGGCCGCCGACGAGGAGAUCAUCGUUUGCGAGAGCACGCGAGCCGGACAGGUGAUCCAGACGGUCAGCGCCGUGGACAAGGACGACUUUGCCAACGGACAACGUUUCUCCUUUGCCUUGCCCAGCCAGAUGUCCGUUAAUCCCAACUUCACCCUCAAGGACAACGAAGACAGCACGGCGGGCAUCAUCGCCAGGCGGCGGCGCUUCAACCACCUGACCCAGGAGCUGUACGAGCUGCCCGUGGUGGUGUGGGACAGCGGGGAGCCGUCGCUGAGCAGCACCGGCACCUUGACCCUGCGCGUGUGCCCCUGCCAGCGCCACGGCAAGAUUCGCAUGUGCCAAGGCGAGGCCUUCCUGUCCUCGGCGGGCCUCAGCACGGGGGCGCUCAUCGCCAUCCUGUUGUGUAUCGUCAUCCUGCUGGCUAUCGUGGUUCUCUUCGUGACCCUGAGACGGAGCAAGAAAGAGCCGCUCAUCAUCUCCGAGGAAGACAUCCGUGAGAACGUGGUCACCUACGACGACGAGGGCGGCGGCGAGGAAGACACGGAGGCCUUUGACAUCAUCGCCCUGCGCAAUCCGGCUGCCGCCGAGGAGCUCAAGUUCCGUCGGGACGUCCGCCCCGAGGGGAGGCAGCUGUGCGGCGGGCACCGGGGCCACCGGAGUCCCUCGUUAGAGCUGGACGAGGUGGACGUUCACGAGUUCAUCAAACAGAGAUUGGUGGAGGCCAACAUGGACACGAGCGGCCCGCCCUAUGACUCACUGCAGACCUACGCCUACGAGGGCCAAGGGUCACCCACGGGGUCCAUCAGCCCGUUAGACUCUCUGGGCACGCAAUCGGAGCAGGAUUAUCACUACCUGGAUAACUGGGGGCCUCAGUUCCAGAGACUGGCAGAACUCUACGCAGAGGCAGAUUCAAAUAUGAAAAGUUAGUGUGUGAUUCCAUUCCUUUGGGAACCAAACCGGAUUGAAAUACCUUUGGAAUCUUUUGCGGACGCAGUGUGACGAAAUCAGAUCUCUCGUGGUUUUUACCUUCUCAUUUGAAGAAACCGCUUUUUUUUUUUUUUUUUUUUAAAUCCUGGCUCCUUCAUGUGGAACUACUCGAUCAAAUUUUGAGAAGAAAGAACACUAUGGGGAAAAAUGAAAGGGAUAUUUUCCUUGUGUAUAUUUUUUAUUGCUCAAUAAAAGUUCUGAUAUCCAUGUGGGUGGAUAUUACGUGAGAAAAGUGCA